AAAGUUGCGUCUCUGCAAUUAUGCCGAUCAAACUGAUACAAAUUAAAAAAAACGGAGGGAGUAAAAUGGACUAUCAAGUCCAAAGCAAACAAAAUCAACACAAGACGCUACGAACCUACGACACCUUUAAAAACGAAAACAAACCCCUCUUAAAAAAAGCAAAACAAAAUCAAACAAUUCUCCAACCACGGACUGACGGACCUAAAGCUCACCGAAGAAAACAGUAGUAGAUCUUCCCCGACGCCACCUGCAACAGAGGACGCUCGCGCUGCCACGUUAUCCACUGUCCUGCCGACAGCCGAAGAAGGCGAAGAACAGAAGGAAGCACCGUUUGCAGUUAGAUUAUUGUUAAACAUGGGAAUUCAUGGGGAGAAGAGUAGACCUGGGAAAAAGCACAAAUCAUCUAAGGAUGAUCAUCAUAGAAUGACUGAAGAUGGCAAUGCUUACUUUGCCGCGGAAGAUUUUGACGAUGAUCACAAUCCCGAAGGUGAGCCUAAAAAGAGAGACUUCACCAAGCUGGAGCUCAAGCCUGAUCAUUUGAAUCGCCCCUUGUGGGCUUGUGCUGAUGGGCGAAUAUUUCUUGAAACGUUCUCGCCUUUGUAUAAGCAAGCUUACGAUUUCCUCAUCGCAAUUGCUGAACCAGUUUGCAGGCCGGAAUCCAUGCACGAGUACAACUUGACACCACACUCAUUGUAUGCUGCUGUUUCUGUUGGUCUAGAAACAGAAACAAUCAUAACAGUCUUAAAUAAGUUGUCCAAGACUAAGCUCCCGAAAGAAAUGAUUGACUUUAUACAUGGGUCCACUGCAAACUAUGGUAAAGUCAAGCUUGUGCUUAAGAAGAAUCGGUACUUAAUCGAAUCUCCAUUUCCAGAGGUAUUGAAAAAAUUACUCAAAGAUGAAGUUAUUGGCAAGGCUAGGAUUUCUACAGAGGUUGCUCAUGGAGUAGAUGGAUUUACGGUCAGUAAAUCAUUGAGUGAGAUGGGAGGUGGUCAUGAUGAUUUGCUUAGUGAAGCUGAGUUGGCAGCUGCAGCUGAGGAGAAAGAUACCCAUGCAUUUGAAAUUGACCCUGCUCAGGUUGAAAAUGUAAAGCAGCGAUGCUUGCCAAAUGCUCUUAAUUAUCCAAUGUUGGAGGAAUAUGAUUUCAGAAAUGAUACGGUCAAUCCUGAUCUCGACAUGGAGUUGAAGCCUCUCGCACAACCACGACCCUACCAGGAAAAGAGUCUCAGUAAAAUGUUUGGGAAUGGUAGAGCAAGAUCUGGUAUCAUUGUGUUGCCAUGUGGUGCUGGAAAGUCUCUAGUUGGUGUAUCGGCAGCAUGCCGUAUAAAGAAGAGCUGCCUUUGUCUGGCCACAAACGCUGUAUCAGUCGACCAAUGGGCAUUUCAGUUCAAACUUUGGUCCACUAUAAGAGACGAGCACAUAUGCCGUUUCACUUCUGACAGUAAAGAGAGGUUCCGUGGGAAUGUUGGAGUAGUUGUGACAACAUACAACAUGGUUGCUUUUGGUGGUAAACGUUCUGAAGAAUCUGAGAAGAUUAUUGAAGAAAUAAGAAAUAGAGAAUGGGGAUUACUUCUCAUGGAUGAGGUGCAUGUCGUUCCUGCUCACAUGUUUCGGAAAGUUAUCAGCAUUACAAAAUCGCAUUGCAAACUUGGGCUUACUGCUACACUUGUGAGAGAGGAUGAAAGAAUUACUGAUUUGAACUUCCUUAUUGGUCCCAAAUUGUACGAAGCCAAUUGGUUGGAUUUGGUUAAGGGUGGCUUCAUUGCAAAUGUACAGUGUGCUGAAGUUUGGUGCCCAAUGACAAAGGAGUUCUUUACCGAAUAUUUGAAGAAAGAAAAUUCCAAGAAAAAGCAGGCAUUAUAUGUGAUGAACCCUAACAAGUUUAGAGCAUGUGAAUUCCUAAUUCGAUUUCAUGAGCGGGAACGUGGUGACAAAAUAAUUGUUUUCGCUGAUAAUCUUUUUGCUCUCACCGAGUAUGCAAUGAAGCUUAGGAAACCUAUGAUCUAUGGUGCUACCAGCCAUGUUGAGAGGACAAAAAUUCUAGAGGCCUUCAAAACUUCUAAAGAUGUGAACACAAUAUUUCUGUCUAAGGUCGGUGAUAACUCAAUCGAUAUACCGGAAGCAAAUGUGAUAAUUCAGAUUUCAUCACAUGCUGGUUCAAGGCGUCAAGAAGCUCAACGUCUCGGUCGUAUUCUUAGAGCAAAGGGUCGGCUUGAAGACAGGAUGGCUGGGGGUAAGGAAGAGUAUAAUGCCUUUUUCUAUUCACUUGUAUCUACUGACACACAGGAGAUGUAUUACUCAACUAAAAGGCAGCAGUUUUUGAUUGACCAAGGUUACAGCUUUAAGGUAAUUACAAGUUUACCUCCUCCUGAUUGUGGGUCAGAACUCAGCUAUAGCUCGGUUCAGGAGCAGAUAGAUCUCCUGAGGAAGGUGCUGACUGCUGGGGAUGACGCUGUUGGUCUGGAGAUGUUGGAAGAAGAUGCUGAUGAGGUAGCCCUUAUGAAAGCACGUCGCACCUCAGGAUCUAUGAGUGUCAUGUCGGGUGCUAAUGGGAUGGUUUACAUGGAGUACAAUACUGGACAUAAGAGAGGACAUGUGAAGAGCAAGCCCAAGGAUCCAUCCAAACGGCAUUAUCUUUUCAAGAAGCGUUUCACAUAGAGAAUUCCUGUCCAGAGUCUUACAUGAUGGUUGAGCAGCUGAGAAGUUCUGGAUUUGUUGAUUAAAGCUGGAGCUCAUUGUUACCAAGCAGUACAUUUUUCAUGCGAAGAUGAGCUCUUUUGCCUCUUUGCUGUACAAUCCCCUACAGAAAAAAAAUAUUUGCACCAGGGGUUAGAGAAGCUUUCUGUCGCUUCAUUUCAGAACACCAGUCGUAUGAUAUGGACGGAUUGUCAAUCUGUAUAUGCAAUAGUAAAGAACCUGUUCAAAGCUCAUAUGCAAGGGAUUAGAUCAAUUCAAAAGUUGUAUUCGAAUCUUGUAGAUCAAAUCGUUAUCCACAUGUAACAACACUAUACUUUACAAUUGCAUCUAAUACUUGUGUAUAGGCCCAACUUUGCCUCUGCUUUAAGCAAAUAUGUUAAAAUUGCCUCAGUCUGCUUCAAUAUUAUUUAUUUUUUUUGUA